CUGUGACUUACCUAAAACUAUACGCUCACUUUGUCAACAUCCUUUUGGCCCAUUUAGAUAAAAACUAAGAAUCCUGUUUCGUCAAGCUACUUAACCAAUGAGGUUACACUGAGGAACCUCAAGUGGCGAAUUUUUGCAGAGAUCACCACACGUGAGACAGAGCGAUCAGCUCAAAGUUCAGGAUAAUUGACUUAGCCCACCUCGGUUCACUAUAUAUGCCUUGUUUCCUGGGUCCACGGGAAGCAUGAGUCUGUUGGGACUUGGGACAAGAAGAAAACAAGACAUCUUCACAAGAAAAAACAGACAUUAACAAAAAGUAUCCCAAAGUCUGAAGAGCUAGAACACAAACAUGGCCGACAGAGGACUUAGGGAUCCUGCAGAGGCCUCUCAAGAGGAUUUGAAAAAUGACCCAUCAGUAAGUUCUCAGGCACAGGAGACCAUAGUCACAGCAAGUACCACUGAAGAAGCUCAGACCCCAGACCCUGUCUCUGGUCUUAACAAAGUCCAUCAAGAGGUAGAAAAUAUAGGUCCAGGAAGUGCAGACGCAGGUGAUCAAUCAGAAGAUUCAGAUGAAACAAAUUAUGGGAACUAUCCAAAGGAUAAAACAGAACAUGAGAACAACCAGAGCUUUCAGGAUGAAGAGCAAGGCCAUCAACUCCCUGAUUCAGAAAUUCCAGGUGAAAAACCCUUGGAUCCAGAACCCAGCUGUUCUCCAAGUGACAAGGUGGGAAGAGAUGAUGUGCUCUUACGAAGUGACUCUGCAGCCCUCCCUGAGGAAGUGAGCAGCGGACCUGGAGUUCCACAGGAGCCACCUGCCAUGGACCCUCAGGAUGCCCCAAGCCCUGAUCGUUCCCAUGCAGGGCCAGAGAACCAGGGCACAGUGCGGAGGCGACUGCUGGCACCAGCAGAGGCUGAAAGUCAUCAACAGGAAACACAAAGGUUGGAAGAAAAGAAAGAGAGUGCACUGGAUACCAGAAGAAAGAUGAAUAAAAAGGAUUAUUUGCGUUAUGGCUACAUCUUUUUUGGCUCUGUGGUCACGACUCUUGUUUUGCUAAAUUGGGGUAAUAGCUACUAUUCCUCUUCAGCACAGCAAGUGCCCAAAAAUCCAGCUUUGGAGGCCUUUUUGGUUCAUUUCAGCCAACUGAAGGAUAAAUUCCCAGGCCAGAGUUCCUUUUUGUGGCAGAGAGGACGUAAAUUUCUCCAGAAACACCUCAAUGCUUCAAACCCCACUGAGCCAGCCACCAUCAUAUUUACAGCAGCUCAGGAGGGAAGAGAGACCCUGAAGUGCCUGAGCCACCUCGUUGCGGAUGCCUAUACCUCUUCCCAGAAAGUCUCUGCCAUUCAGAUUGACGGGGCUGCAAGAACCUUGCAGGACAGUGAUGUGGUCAAGCAGUUGGUUGACACGGAGCUGAGCUCAGGAUUUGAGAAUGGCCAGAAGGCUGCUGUGGUGCACCACUUUGAAUCCCUUCCCGCAGGCUCUACCUUAAUCUUCUACAAGUAUUGUGACCAUGAGAAUGCUGCCUUUAAAGAUGUGGCCCUGGUCCUGACUGUUCUCCUAGAGGAGGAAACAUUAGAAGCAAGUGUCGGCCCAAGGGAAACUGAAGAAAAAGUGAGAGAUUUCCUCUGGGCCAGGUUUACCAACUCAGACACUCCCAGCUCCUUCAACCACAUGGACUCUGACAAAUUGAGUGGCCUCUGGAGCCGGAUUUCACACCUGGUGCUGCCCGUCCAGCCUGUGAGGGACAUUGAAGAACAGGGGUGCCUUUUGUAAGCUAAGCAUGGAGUUGGUUUUUGAGGCCUAGAUUUAUUAAAAAGUUAGUUGAAGAGCCUUCUGUUUCUGUUGGAAGGAGGUUAUGAAAAGCCUGGAGAACACAAAUGAGCUUAUUUUAGAAAAAAAUUCUCAUUUUUUACCUUUUGUAAAAUCUUUCUAAGCUUGACAAAACUUGACUUUUUUCCCUGGCCUUUGAAGCAAAUCAGGUUUGAAAUCUGCAUAGAAUAUAUAACUGAGGCUUUUUUUUUUUUUUUUUUAAUCCAGAAAUAGAGCAACAGAAUGAUUGCAUGGGAAGAUAAUCUUCUCAGAAUGACUAAAAUGAUUUUUGUUUUCUUGAGAGUCUAAGGAGUCUUUUGGGUAGUGUUUGGACUGAACUACAGCAGUUACAGUUAUGAAGCAAGGAUAAUUUAAAAAAUGUUUUUUCUAUCACAUAUUAAAAUAUUUUAAAAACUGAUUUUAAUAACCUAGUCAUGGGAUUACAUCUACUAAUUUGCAUUUUUGAAUAGUUUGAAAAGAAAUAUGAAUUCAAGUACUUAACUGUAUGUAAGGCACUGUGCUUUUAUUCCAUUAACGGGCUAAGGUAAAAGCAACUGUUCUUAAGAAAUGUUCUUGAAAAUUGGAAACAAGGGAAGGAAUUAACUAUAACCAUUGGAAAUGAAGAAAUUCCAAUUGGCUGUAUCUUUACUUCGCUUUCUUGAAUGUUUUAGAACCAUGAUUUCCAAGCUAUGUCCACUGGCAACCCUAUUCUUUUUAUCAGGGAGGUUCUGCAUUUGAUUGCUUCAGGUAGUGGGAUUCUACAUAAGAUAUAAUUGGAACAAAGAGUUCCACUGAUAAUGAAAUUUGAAAAUUGCUGAUUAAGUGAAAAAAAAAUCUUAGAAGAUAGGAAAAUGGGUAGGAAAAUGAUGAAUGUAUUAGAACUCAUGAGUUGGAAGAGGAUGAAAUACAGGUUUAUUGUAUACACAUGCUGUUUAUGAAAGAUAAAGACCUAUAGAUGAACAGCAGAAUGUAUAAACUAGUAUUUACUAAGCAUAUAUAUAUAUGUAUAUAUAUAUAUAUAUAUAUAUACACACACACACACACACAUAUAUAUAUAUAUAUAUAUAUAUAUAUAUAUAUAUAUAUAUAUUUUAAGCGAGUGUGUGCACAGGAGCGUGUGUGCAGGAGAGUGAAGGGGCAGGAGAGGAUAGAGAAAGAGGCAGGGAGAGAAUCUCAGGCAGGCUCCACACUCGGAGCAGAGCCUGACGCAGAGCUCAGUCUUGUGACUGUGAGAUCAUGACCCGAGCCGAGAUCAAGAGUUGGAUGCUUGAGGCGCCUGGAUGGCUCAGUCGGUUAAGCAACUGACUUCGGCUCAGGUCAUGAUCUCGCGUUUGUGGGUUUGAGCCCCGCGUCGGGCUCUGUGCUGACAGCUCAGAGCCUGAAGCCUGCUUCGGAUUCUGUGUCUCCCUCUCUCUCUGCCCCUCCCCCACUCGUUCUCUGUCUCUCAAAAAUAAAUAAAUGUUAAAAAAAAAAAAAAAGCGUGGGAUGCUUAACCUAUUGAGCCACCCAGGCACCUCAGUAUUUGCUAAGCAUCUCUCUGAUGAUUUUGUUAAUUUCUCUUAAUCAUCAUUUCUGUCUCCCCUGAAGGGAGUUUUAUAAUUGUCUAGGAUGACAAUUUGAGUACAAUUUAAGCAGAAUAGAGUUUAAUAACUAAUUGAAUAGGUUUUAUAUGGGUGUGGUAGCAUAACUUUACCAUCCUGGUUUACUUGCUGCGCAGUGAUGGCAUAUUAUAUAAUGCAGCCCAUUUCUUAACUAGAUGGUUAGAAAUGCAAGAGAUACUAUACUUAGUAAAAGGAAGCAGACAUGGAAAAUAGAUUCUAAGAGGUUUUAUUUUUUUAUUUUUUUUUUUUAACGUUUAUUUAUUUUUGAGACAGAAGCAGAGCAUGAACAGGGGAGGGUCAGAGAGAGGGAGACACAGAAUCUAAAACAGGCUCCAGGCUCCAAACUGUCAGCACAGAGCCCGACACGGGGCUCGAACCCACGGACCGCGAGAGAUCGUGACCUGAGCCAAAGUCGGCCGCUUAACCGACUGAGCCACCCAGGCGCCCCUGAUUCUAAGAGGUUUUAAUGACCAGUAUUAAUUGUUGGACCGUGUUCUGUGAUUGCAAGUAAGAUUGAGAACAGUGUUUAUGGAGACAAUAGUUGUUGGUUUGCCUUGCAGCUCUGAAAGCAGAACUCUAGUAAAAUUAUCUUGAUCCAGCGAAGGGUCUGUUCCAUGGCAUGGCAUGGCAUGGCAUGGCUAUAGGAACUAUCACCAUGAUCCUGUAAUAUUUCAACUAGGUUUCGGCCUCUCUGCUGCUGUGAGAGAAGAAUAUGUAUAUAUAAUGUGUGUGUGUGUGUGUGUGUGUGUGUGUGUGUGUGUGUGUAUCUUCCUAGUGUUUCCCAAAAUCCUUCCAGGUUUUAAUCAUGUGAUUUCUUUUGUACAUUAAUCAUAUUGCCAAUUAAAGCAUGAAAUAAGUCACAUGAUUAAAGCAUGUAAGGAUUUUCAGAAACACUAGGAAGAUACAGGGAUCUUUAUUGAUACCUAAAAAGAGAUCACAAAGACAUAGGGGAAGAAUCUAUUGGAAAUAUCUGUCACAGGAAAAACACAUAAAUCUGUUCUAACCACAGUCUUAAGUGGUGUUCAGUUGAGUGUAGGGGCACACCUAAAGGAACUAUUUUCAUUUGUGACUCUGUGAAGGAAUCUUUCAAAUAGAUUUGAGGAAAAACCUGCUUGAACAAGAAGAUAAACCAUAGUGAAUAUAGUAUCAAUAUCAAUCCAAUAUAAAAUCAGAGGAAAUUGAAGAAAAAUCUAUAUACUAAUGUUUGAAUUUUUUUUUCUGUAUUUCUAGAUCUCAGGUGUCAGCUAGCAUUCUGUCACAAAACCAAUGGUGCCUUGUAGAAUUGUUCUGUUGGUCUGCUGACCUGUGCUACCUCAGAUCUAUGAAGAACCAGUAUAAAAUGUGCAUAUAUAUCAGUGAUUCGCAACACAGAUGAAACAAAAGUUUUAGUUUCUUCAUUCAGUUGAAUAUGGUUUUUCAUCAUUUCCUUUUCAUACGAUUAAGAAAAAGGUUUUAAAAUGGCACUUUUUUUUUAAUGUUUAGCCUGUAUUAAAAAACACUUUUCCUUCCAUGUGUAAGUGCAAUCAUCUGAAGCUAUUGUCAGUUUUCUGUUUGCUAUUUCAAAACUUAUUUUAAAAAGCAGUAUAUUAGCUCUGGAUCUAUUCAUGAAUAAAAUGAUUAUUUUUAAAGCAUAAAA